AUAAAAGAUGAACACCACUUCAGCUACAGCAGAUGAAAAGACCUGCCUGAGCCAGCACUGACUGCAAUAUAACUCUGUUUCAUGAAAUGUCUUCCAGGGGAUUUAACUGCAAGUUUCUGUUCUUAAAGGUUGGUGAUUGAAGAAUUAUUUUUGAAAGAAUGUAUCUCUUUUUUAAAACUAUCUGAUGUGAGAAUCUGGGAAUAAAUCAAAGUUUCCUUUACUUCUGUCUUUGUCUUUUUGAUACAUUUUUUGCAUUUUUUGUGCUUUGCUGGUCUCUGUUUUCUCACUGACAAAGAGGAAAGGAGCCCAGAUUUCUUUCAACAAUCUCUUCCAUUGAACAAAAUGAAAAGACUCAAUCCUCUGAUGCCGUGUUCUUGAAUGGAUGCAAUUAAUAGACUGCUGGCAAGCACAGCUUCCAAACCUCCUGACAGAGCGCUGUUCAGACAAUAUCAUCGACAUCACAGCUUGUCCUGAUGGGCUAUCUUAACUUAACCAGCGGAAAUGACACUUUACCUGGCAGGCAUCCGUACAAUGUGCAGAGCUCUGUACCUCUGACCAUCCUGGUGGGUAUCCUCAUCCUGCUAACUCUGUUUGGCAAUGUCAUGGUAGUAAUUGCUGUGAUCACGAGCCGAGCCUUGAGAGCACCCCAGAACUUGUUUUUAGUCUCUCUGGCUUGUGCAGACAUCCUGGUUGCCACCUUAGUGAUGCCAUUCUCUUUAGCGAAUGAGCUGAUGGGUUACUGGUACUUUGGUAAAGUGUGGUGUGAAAUCUACCUGGCUUUGGAUGUGCUCUUCUGCACCUCAUCUAUUGUUCACCUGUGUGCAAUAAGUCUGGACAGAUACUGGUCUGUCACUCAAGCGAUAGAGUACAACCUGAGAAGGACGCCACGCAGGAUUAAAUGCACAGUCUGCCUGGUUUGGGUGCUGGCAGCCAUCAUUUCAUUCCCUCCACUCAUCACGAUGAAAAAGAAAGAGGGAAGCCCUGAAUGUGACAUUAACAGGGAGAAAUGGUACAUUAUUUUCUCCAGCACCGCCUCCUUCUUUGCUCCCGGUUUCAUCAUGAUUAUGGUGUAUGUUAGAAUCUACCAGAUCGCCAAGAGAAGAACGAGAGCCCCUCCAGGAGAAAGGCAACGAGAAAAUGGCAACUCAGACGAUGCAAAGAUUGGUUCGGACCCCCUGGAGAGAAAAGACAGAGAGGUAAAAGUAGGGGACGGCAACGAGGUCAAUGGGUUAGAUGUGGAGGAAGAACCUUCCUCGUCUGAUGGGAAUGAAACCAUCCUGUGUUCCCUGAAGAAAAAGAAGGGAAUAAGAAUAACUAAAGUGACUCAGGUGAAUGCUGGGGAAACCUCUCCAAAGCCAGAGGCGCAGCCCUGCGUGAAAACGAGCAGGUGGAAAGGACGGCAGCACAGAGAGCGGCGCUUCACAUUCGUUCUGGCUGUGGUCAUGGGAGUGUUUGUUCUCUGCUGGUUUCCCUUUUUUUUCACAUAUACGCUCACUGCUGUAUGCGACAGCUGCAUCCCAGGGACGCUGUUCAAAAUCUUCUUCUGGUUUGGUUACUGCAAUAGCUCACUAAAUCCAGUUAUAUACACUAUAUUCAAUAAUGACUUCAGGAAGUCUUUUAAAAAAAUCCUCUGUAAAAGGGAGAAAGGAGGUUUGUAAAUAAUACUUUCAAAUAUGCACGUCAAACACAAAAGCCUUUUCGUUCGUUUAAAUGAAGUCUUCUGUCUUUGUAAAUAUGAUAGUAAAAAGAUAUCAGAAGCUAUUUACUGACUUUUAAAGAAAAAAGUCAACUCUUGCAUAAUUUAGUAACAUUUUGUUGUCAGUAAAUGGUUGUUUUGCUAUAUUACAAUAUUAUUCAUACAGAAAAAGCUGCAUUGAGGCAAUCUGUGAUUUCUGAUUUUGAAAAUGUAUAAUUGUGUUAACAUAAACGACACAUUUUUGUACAUAUCUGUGUUUGUUUUGUGGCAGUAUUUAAACUUGCCAGUCUGAAUGCAUGUGAUAAUCAUGCUGGUAAUAUGACAGCAAAUGUUAAGACCAUAUUAUAGCAUUUAAACUGUCAUGGCUGCAUCAGAUAAUGAAAACGUUUACUUAUUUUUAUUGUGUUGUAACUUACAAUGCUGUAAAUCCACUAAAAUGUCAAUAGUUUGCAAAUAGGAAUGGAAAAAUAAUUUCAUUAUGCCUAAAAACUGAGUGAUGUACUCAGAGCAGCAGUUAUUCAGGAGGUGAAAUAAAAUGCCAAAAUGAUGCACAUUAUUUCAAAAAUCUGUCUCUGGUGAUACAUUUUUUAAAAAUCUACGAUAUUUAUCUAUCUGUACAGUGGAGCAAACAAUAGCAAGAGAGCAUGAAAGCAAACUGUACCCAAAAACAUGCUAUCCCCAGACCACCAACUAUCUCAUUCUCUCAUAACAAGCACAAGAACAAGACAAUUAUAGCAAAAGAAAAUUAUGCCCUGGAGGUGCAGGUGGCACAACAAUAUCUAAUGCAGUUUAUCAUGAAUUAUAGCCCUUCAUAUCAGGAUAUCAUUAAAUCCUUCCCUGGAGUCAAACAGAAGUCCUGCAGUGAUAGAAAUAUGAGGAGCUGCUGCAAAUUACACUGUGAGGUUAAUACCCACGCAUGCUUAUCAAUGCGUUGUGUUCCUAGACUUGAUCCGUUAUCAGGAGUCCCCGUCUCGUUUCCCUUUUAGCACACUUUUCACAGCUCUACAACCUUCUCUGAUAUCUGCUUUUUGUUCUAAUUACACUUCUCAAGCCAGUAUCAGUCUGUGAACCUGAAAUAAAGUAAACGUACCAUCUAUAAUUGCUUUAACUAAGCAAACAUUUCCACCAGCCACCUCUCAAAUAUACUAGUGCAGUAACAAAGUGAUUCCCAUGACUUGCUCUCUGGGAUUCUGGUGUUUUGAGAUUCCUGUGGUAUACAUGUUUGGGUUUGACUGUGUCUCCCAGUCUUAUCGUACUUAAAAUACAUCUUUUACCUAACCACAAAUGGCAAACUAUAGACCUGACUAUUGCUGAUCAGAGUUCCCACGGACAAUCUGACAACAGAAAUAUGGGAAAAAAGCAGUAUGGGAGGCUUAUGCUAAUGAGAAUUUAUGCAAGAUAAAUGGAUUUCCAUGAGGUUGUUUAAUCAUUGCGAGGAGAUACAAAAUGGCCCUGCUUAAACAGCACUUUCGAAAAAAACUCAGAUAAUUACAGCUGUUGGAACAUUUUAACAGAAGUAGCUGCUCGUAUGCAUAAUGAGCAACCAGCAUUAUAGUGUUAUAAAAUAUUUUCAAGAGAAAUGCUUCUACCUGGCCCCGAUCCAUUGGACGCCAGCGUGUCUUGAGAGAUUAAACUGCUGUGAUUACCAUCUGAAUGCAUCCUUUAAUUAAAAUGACAAUUCUCCUGGACUCCAUCGCUAUGCUUGAGCAGCAGGACGCAUAAAUUACAUUUUUAAAGCACACGCUCACCAAGCAAUAGAGAUUAAAUGUCAGAAAACGGCCAUUACAUUGCUGCCCCCCAAAAAAGAAUAAUGAAAGAGUAGAAAUCAUAAAUAUGCAUUAAGAGUUCACUUGGCGAUAUCUUAUGAUUAGUUGGUUAAAUGCAAACUACAAAAAUACUGACACUGAAUUAAUUAAAUCUCACUGAAUGUUUCUAAGUCUUGUUCCACAUCAGUGUGAAUUAUGAUUGGUUACAAACAAUAAACACUUGGUUACAUUUGCUAAUUUCGGUGUGUGUACACGCUUGUCCACUUCUGCUGUCUGAUGAGAAAGUGAUUUAUUUCCCUCUCUGAAGGCUCCGGAGCAUCACAAUUUACGAUCGUGACAACACAACUUCUAAAACUAUCCCUUCUAAGCUGCUUCUGGCAAGAGUUCCUAUAACUUCCACACAGCUCCCCAGUCAGUUUGUCUCAUUUUAUUCUAAUUUCCCCCACCUACAUGUCAGUGAGUUGAUUUUUAAAGCUGCCAGUCAUGCAUCUGAAAGGGGCCAGAGAACUUACAGACUAUUAAAGAACCAAAGAGAACAGCCUGCAUCCCAGACAAACAGCGAUUGCCAAGUCAGGAUUGCAGAGUCAGACAGAGGCAUCAAGACCACACUAACAAGUUUAAAUCAUAGCUGGUGAUGAAUAGAGUGUUUUUAAUUGAAUGUUGGGUCAUUCAUUAUGGAUAGAGCAGAAUGCAUCGUGCACGCUGGGGCAUAUAAUACUUCCUCCCUCUUGAAUUGAUAAGGAUGCAGGAUAAUCAAAUUAGAUUGUGAGGGAUGUCAGCAGCAGGAGGAUCCUGUUUAAUUUGUCUCAUCGUUGCUAUUACUUUCUGUACUGUUUCUGCUCAGCACUGCGUCGACGCUGAAAAUGUUAACCUCCAGUUCUGUUUAAUGUAAAUUAUAUUUCUAGUUGUCUGAGGAGGAUAGCUGCAUUUUUGCAAGUCAAAUAUUUUUUAAUGACCAAGGAUAAAAAAUGCAAAUAAGGACCUUUUCUAAAUGACUUGAUGGUCCAAUGUUUUCUGCCUGCAAAGCCUGGACCAAUUAUAGGCCGCUUAAGAGAAAGGCCCCAGGGAAAAGAGCACCUCACUGGGAAUUAAGUGAGCCACAGUGCACGGAUGGUGUGGAAUUCACUAAAUAUUUCAAGUGUAUCAACAAAUGGAGGCUCAUUUUGUUUUUGGGACAGCUCAUAUCGUCUUUACUCAUUCAUGCUUUAAUUUGCCUUUUUGUUUGCAGAUGCAACAGAAAAUUACUGUUAAAUUAUUCAUCAUAUUCAGUUAACAGGACUGUUUUUCUCUGCUGAUGGUACAUUUAUCACUUAUACAGACUUUUACUUUAGGUUGUGCUGUAUGAAUAAAAAUAUAACAGAUAUCCUUCCAAUACAAAGUCAUUCUUGCAUCUAUAAAUAAAAACUAAAAACUGAGAAUAUCAUAAAAUGUGUGCACCACUUAUUGACAUCUUGAUUUGAGAUGCAUAAUUCUUUCUAACCCUUCAUCUAAUGGUUCUACAACAAUUUUAUUAAGUGAAUGUAAAUUAGUUAUUCCACUUUAGGCAAAUUGGGUGUAAAAUCUUUUUUGGCAAGACUAGCUCUGUCUGCCUUGUGUAUUAAUAUUAGUCAUAUUAAAGUGAACUUCUGACAUUUUAUUGUAUAAACAAUAAAAUGUGUUUGACAGGAUACUCUGAACUCCUUUGACCUUCUUGUAGCGACCGGGGCUUUUGGGAGAGAGAGAGGAAGAGAGAGGGGAAAUUGGUUGAAAAGGUUAAAGAGUUGUAUUGUUAUGAAAAAAUCCUGAAAUUUGGGUCUUACUCAUUUGUCAGAUCCAUGACCUUAAAAACCUGUCAAACCCGUUGAAAAAAUGUAUUAAACUUGCAAU